AUGAAUCUUCAACUCGCUAUUCCAAUGAAGCAAGUCACACGUGUCUCACCAUUACGUUCUCGUCUCUUUUCUUCCGGCAAAGACAUUCGUUUUGGUAUUGAUGGUCGUGCAGCAAUGCUUAAAGGUGCUGAUCAAUUGGCAAAUGCUGUUCAAGUAACAAUGGGUCCUAAAGGCCGUAAUGUCGUAAUUGAUCAAUCCUAUGGAGCUCCGAAGAUUACAAAAGACGGUGUCACAGUCGCUCGUAGUAUUGAUUUUGCUGAUAAGUUUGAAAAUAUGGGUGCACAACUUGUACGUUCGGUUGCUAGUAGUACGAAUGAUGCCGCAGGAGAUGGUACAACAACAGCAACAGUUCUCACACGUGCAAUCUUUAGUGAAGGUUGUAAAUCUGUUGCUGCUGGAAUGAAUCCAACGGAUUUACGUCGUGGUAUUCAAAUGGCGGUUGAUCACGUUGUGGAUGGAUUGCAAAAGCUGUCAAUGGAUGUCCAGGAUAAAGAAAAAGUGGCACAAGUAGCAACGAUUUCAGCCAAUUCCGAGACGGAAAUUGGUAAUCUGAUUAGUGAUGCCAUGGAACGUGUGGGUAAGGAAGGAGUGAUUACAGUACAAGAUGGUAAAACCUUGUACAAUGAAUUGGAAGUUGUUGAAGGCAUGAAGUUUGAUCGUGGAUAUAUUUCACCUUAUUUUGUUACGGAUAAUAAGACACAGUCAUGUGAAAUGGAAAACCCGUAUAUCUUGUUGGUUGAGAAGAAGGUUUCGAGUCUACAAGCGAUUCUUCCAAUGCUUGAGACAGUUGUGAAGCAACAACGGCCAUUGCUUAUUGUUGCUGAAGAUGUUGAGAGUGAAGCACUGGCAGCUCUUGUGAUUAACAAGAUUCGUGGUGGUGUCAAAGUGUGUGCCGUCAAGGCUCCUGGUUUUGGUGAUAACCGCAAGGCUAGUCUACAGGACAUGGCUGUGCUUACUGGUGCCACUGUUAUCUCGGAGGAUUUGGGUCACCGUCUUGAGACUGCAACCCCGGAGAUGCUUGGUAGUGCAAAGAAGGUGACUGUUACUAAGGAUGAUACGUUGAUGCUGGACGGUGCGGGCUCUGCCGAGGCGGUGGAAGAGCGUAGCAACCUACUGCGUGCUUCAAUUGAGAGCACCACAUCGGACUAUGAGAAGGAGAAGCUGCAAGAGCGUCUAGCCAAGCUGAGCGGUGGUGUUGCUGUGAUUAAGGUUGGCGGUGCCAGCGAGGUCGAAGUCAGCGAGAAGAAGGAUCGCGUCGUGGACGCGUUAAAUGCUACUCGCGCUGCUGUCGCGGAGGGAAUUGUGCCAGGCGGCGGUGCCGCCCUUCUGUGGGCUUCGCGUUCACUUAAUUCGCUGUACGAAUCGUGCGCCAAUUUGGAUCAGAAGGUGGGUGUCGAAAUUGUAGAACGCGCUUGCCGCGCUCCGGCCACGCAAAUUGCCAAGAAUGCCGGUCACGAAGGCGCCGUCGUUGUCGGCAAGCUGUUGGAGAACGACUCGCCCGAGCUUGGGUUUAAUGCCCAGACUGGUGAGUAUGUGAACCUGGUGGACGCCGGUAUUAUCGACCCAACAAAGGUGGUGCGUACGGGCCUCGUGGAUGCCUCAAGCGUGGCGUCGCUUAUGAUGACAGCUGAGGCUCUCAUCGCCGACAAGCCGGAGGAGGCUGGUGCCGCCCCGCCAAUGGGUGGCAUGGGUGGCAUGGGCGGAAUGGGUGGUAUGGGUGGCAUGAUGUAA